AUUUCAAGUAUUACUGUAUGUGCUCCGCAAGGACUAGCAUAAAUUACUUACAUAACGGUGGUAGAUGGCAGCACAGGGUAAAUAUUUUGUAAACAAACAUGGCGGCGCACAUGGACAGCGAUCCUGAUGAUUCAGUUUUUCAAUUAGAAGACGAUUAUUACGCUUUCCUGAACGUUCGUAAAGAUGCGACUCCGGAAGAAAUUACGAAUUCCUACAGGAGGCUGAGCAAAAUUUAUCAUCCUGACAAACAUUCGGACCCGGCCAAAAAGCAGGAUGCAGAAAUUUUGUUUAACAAAACACGCAAGGCGUACGAUGUUCUGCUGGACCCACACAAGAGAGCUAUUUAUGACACCUUGGGAAUCAAAGGCCUGGAAGCCGAAGGUUGGCAGAUAGUUCAGAGGACGAAGACACCGCAGGAGAUUCGGGAAGAAUAUGAGAGGUUGGCACGAGAACAAGAGGAGAGACGUCUGCAGCAGCAGACAAACCCUAAGGGUACAAUAUCUGUGGGCAUAGAUGCAUCCGACAUCUUCGAGCCUUAUUACCAGGAUGAAAAUGUUAGAGGGUUUUUUCCGCAAAUGGAGGUCAAUGCAAUGUCAAUCAGUCAAUCAAUUGAAGCACCACUCAGCCUGAACGACAAAGUCACACUCAGCGGAAGCCUCUCGACAGAAAAUGGCAACGGUUCGGGAGCCGUGGCAUGUUCUCUUAGGCACGUCGUGUCUCCUACCACGUGGUCUGAGUUUGAAAUUGGAGCUGGUAGUGGGUUAAUGUGCGGCGUGAAAGGCUUCAAGACAUUAUCGAAGAUGAGCUUUGCUUCAGCGCAAGGCCUCUUUCAAGUCACACCUCUUGGCUUACGACCUGGGACCACCUUUGUCAUUGCAAGACAGCUGGGAAGGCACACCAUGGGCUACCUAACAUGGAAGGCCGGCAUUCAGUCGUCCAUGAACACGUCCGUCAUCUGGGACACGAACAGCGGUCAUUUUGUUGCAGCGUUGCAGUUUGGUAUCCCAAACACGUUCGCAAUGCUCACCUAUACCCACAAGAUUGGAGAAGAUACGAAGCUAAAGUGCAGUGCCAAAGCCGGAACCUUCGGAAUUAUCUUGGAGUACGGCUGCGAGAGGUACUCUCAACACAAUGCCAUCGCGGCUACCAUGGUCAUCGGCAUACCUACUGGGAUAAAGCUCAAAAUAAGGUUGACACGGUCCAGCCAGACAUACGUCUUUCCUAUCCUGCUGGCUGAAGAACCAAUUCCCAGUGCCAUCUUCUACGGGACUGUGACACCAUUAGUGGCUUGGUACGUGCUGCAGACUUUUGUCAUCAAGCCCUACAGGGACCAGCAAAAGAAACGAGAAACAGAAAAAGCUUGCCAAGCCAACGCAGAAAAGAUCAAGGAGAAACGGAAAGAAGCACAAGCUGCGGUUGCACUGAUGCAAGAAACCUACAUUCGAAUAAAGGAGACAGAGGCAGCCAAAGGGGGUCUGGUUAUCGUGGAAGCACUGUAUGGAAACCUCAAUCCCGUUACAGAUGGUCCGGCAGCGUCUGUCAAUGAAGUGGUGGAUGCAACCGUUCCAGUCCAGUGCCUAGUCAAAGACUCCCAGCUUUCAAUUGCAGAUUCCUCAAAGAGCAACCUACCCGGUUUCUACGACCCUUGCAUUGGAGAAGAGAAAGCGCUUCUGGUACGCUAUCUCUACAGGAAUCUUCUCCACGAAGUUACUGUUGCAGACAAUGAUCCCUUGCAACUUCCCAAAGAAGCGCACCUGGUGAAAGUUACGUGAGGGAGGUCGUGGCCGCUUAGGAUGUGUGUUGAGCCACUGCCACAAUUUGUACAGAUAGUGAAGAAUAAAUUAAUUUAGGUAUGAGA